ACCACACAAUAGUAUAGUCCUGAUGGCCCAGGAAAGUCGAUUGAUGUACGAUCUGGUCUUGCGAAGCCACACUGCCGUCACUCCUGCCGUCAGGUAUCUCUCUCGCAGUUUCAGUAUCCAUUCUACUUAGGCGGUGAAGGAUUCCGCGCCACAGAAAUGGGCAUCAAGGGCUUGCUGCCCUUGCUCAAAUCAAUCCAAAAGCCCUGCAACCUGAAGAAAUUCGCCGGACAAACGCUUGGAGUUGACGCUUACGGAUGGCUACACCGUGGUGUUGUGGGCUGCGCCUUCGCCCUUGCCCUGGACAAACCGACGAGUGUGCAUAUUGAUUUUGUGCUGAGCAGGGUCCGAAUGCUUCUUGACUUUGGAGUGACGCCUUAUUUGAUCUUUGAUGGAGACAACCUACCCAGCAAAGCUGGUACAAAUGCUGCGAGACGAAAGAGGAGGGAAGAAAGCAAGGCGUUGGCAUUAGAGUUGCAGAAAGCGGGCAAGACCAGUCAAGCACAGCAAGAGUUUCAAAAAGCGAUCGACGUCACCCCAUUCAUGGCACGGCAGCUGAUUGAAGAACUCAAGAAGCUCAAUGUUCAGUAUGUUGUGGCACCGUAUGAGGCCGAUGCGCAGCUGGUCUAUCUGGAACAGAAAGGCAUCAUCGACGGAAUACUGUCUGAAGACUCCGAUCUCUUGGUUUUUGGAGCAAGACGACUUCUAACCAAGCUCAAUCAAUAUGGCGAACUGGUCGAGAUUGACAGAGCAGAUUUCCCAAUGUGCAAGGAGAUGAAUCUGGCUGGGUGGACCGACUCAAUGUUCAUGCGCAUGGCGAUUCUCAGUGGAUGCGAUUACCUACCAAACAUUGGAAAGAUUGGGUUGAAGACAGCCCAUGCCUAUGUUCGGAGACACAAAGAUAUUGAGAAAAUCAUCCGUGUGAUUCAGUUCGAGGGAAAAUUGAUGGUCCCUGCGGACUACUCGAAGAUGUUUGAGCAAGCAGAGUUGACGUUUUUGCACCACCGUGUCUUCUGUCCCAUCGCGCAGAAGAUGGUCUGCCUGAAGGAACUUAGCCCGGGCAUGCUAGAGGAAGAUAUGCCUUAUCUGGGUCCCUUUGUGAACUCGGAUACGGCGACAGGCGUUGCUUGCGGAGACUUGGACCCUUUCUCGAAGAAGCCCAUUCAUGUUCAGCCGAGGAACGGUACGCCGGUCAGUCGUCCAGCGCUUGGUGAGAACCGUCGACAAAGUUACGCUACGCCUGCGGACCUCAAACCGGAGAAAUCCAUUGAGACCUUCUUCAAACCACAGAGACAGCCGCUUGCAGAGCUGGACCCAAACAGUCUUACGCCUUCACCGUCACAGCAAAGACUCCUUGAGCGCCAUCGGAACGAGUCAUGGGAACCGAGGCUGGUAUCCUCGGCUCCUGCCUUGAGACGCGGCAUGACUACCCCGGCUCAAAUCUCAGCAGGCACCGAUCGCACCGCGUUUCUCGCAAGGGCUUCAACGAAGUCAACGUAUCAGCCUCCGAAGCGACAACGAUUGUGCGCAGAAUCUGUAGACCCUUCGCCCAUACAAGAGACGAAGCAGAGUCCGUUCUUUACAUCCACUUUCGAGCAAGUGGAGGUCAGUCCACUAGCAGAGAAGAAAGCGAAGGUCAAAAAGUCCAGGCGGUCAGCGUUUGAGGUCUUUUCCGACUCUUCUGUUGGUGAGAUGUUGCUUGAUGGUGAAGUGCAGCAAAAAGCCAGUCCACAGCAGGAGGUGAUCUAUCAGCACCCUACAUACCCAGACCUAGGGGAUUUGAGCGAGAAUGCAAAUGGUCUAGAUUCGAUACCCCAGUCCUCGCCGCCUGCUCAGCCAGCUCUAUCUGGCUCCACACCGUCCCAAGAGGGUAUCUCGCCGUCGCGAAGGUGUGUCAAGGGCGACGACGCCCGAAAUGGGUCACAAGCUCGCGAGCUCAGUCAAGACGAUGAUCCUGAAGCAUUUGAAGACCUCCUAGAUUUCCAUGUGCGGAAGCAGAAUGAAGCAAUCUUGCAGAAGUUUGCUUUUACACCAUCGCAGAAGCCAGCUAUGAGGUCUCUAUCAAGCCCAAAGGGAAAGCAGAUGGCUUUCUCCGCGCAGCCAGAGGUGGUGCAAAUGGCUGCACUCAGUAAGCUCUUCACGGAGGAUAGAGUACCGGAACCACGCCCUAGUCCUGACCUACGCGAAACAUUCGCGCAUCAGUCACCAGAAGCACGUCAGUCAGCUUUGAAAUCACUCUCUGCGGAUGUUGCGACACCUGGGAGGAUAUUGGACGAAGGCGUGCCAAAGAGGUCCGCAGUUCUCAGCCCACCAAUGCGUGAGCAUUCUCCGUCUAUCACCAGAAACGAGGUACGAGGGAGCGAGGAUGCGAUGGUGCCUAACAGCGAGGACGAGUGCUCCGAAGUAGGGUCACCCAUACGGAAGCCGACAUUUGACUUGAGUUCAUUUGCUUUUGUACGGGCAUGAGCGUUUGGGCAUUGUGUUCAGCAUUUUGAUUGGCGUUCUUUCGAGUCGGGGUUUACAUUGGCGCCAGCGAGGCAAUGU